UGAACAACUGAUUUAAAGUUACAUACAUUUUAAAAAAGAUGUAAUUUAUUCUGUAAUUGUGACUUUACUUGUAUAAUAUAUGACAACGAAAAAUGUUCACAAAUGGAAGGUGGAUUUUGUCACUCACUGUUUUCAGUGGAAUUUUUCUUGCUUGGUUAUCAUGGUACAACAAGCGUACCAGUAGAAAUUAUGAAAGAAAACGCAAAAACAAGAAAUUAAAGUACGUAGUGCCAGGUUUAUUAAACGUUGGGAACACAUGUUUUAUGAACGUUGUCUUGCAAAGUUUAGCAUCUACUAGCAAGCUGUACAUUGCGUUUCAAAAAUCUCCAAAAUCGGUAAAACCGGUCAGUGCACAAGAUUCAUUAUGUGAAAUAAUAAAGGUGUUGAAUACAGGCUCCGAUGUCAAUUACUACGACCCAUCUAAUUUGUUGCUUGUAUUAAAACAACUGGGAUGGCAUAUUUCAAUGGAUGAGCACGACGCACAUGAAUUUUUUCAUGUUUUGUUGAGCACGCUGAAUGAAGAAAUGGAAGUUAAAAAAACUGAAUGCACGAUAAUGAAUGCUGUAAAUGGAGAAAAUAGAUUGUUUAAUGUUAAACAGAGAUGCAUACAAGAUGUUAACGUGCUUCAAAAUAAUUCUACUUCUAAUAUUAAUUUGUAUGGAAUUUUUCGUGGAUUGCUUUCAAUAAGACUUAAAUGUGUUUCAUGUGGCCAAAAAACUCCAGUUAAGUUUGAUGGGUUUGACAGUUUAAGCUUGCCAAUACCUGAAACCUCAGUUUGGAUAGGAAGAACUACUAUGUCAGAAUGUUUGAAGCAAUUUUUUGCAGCUGAAGUUGUAAAAUCUGUUGAUUGUGAUGCUUGUACCCAGCUCGCAAAUUCUGAAAGUACAAAAAAGAAAAUCCAAAGAAAAAAAUUAAACACCGACAGUUUAAACAUAAACAAAAUUUCUGAAAAACUGUGGAGAAAUUAUUAUUCACGUGAUGAAAGAAAGACUGGUAUUGCACAAACUAAGAUAAAGUCUAAUUUUAAACGAGAAGUCAUGCUUGCAAAGUUGCCACAGUGUUUAACUUUUCAUCUUCAACGUUUAGUUUGGAAACAUGGGUUUCCUGUGAAAAAUCACACCCACGUUCAAUUCGAGGAGUUUUUGAACCUCAGCGAAUUUUUAUUUUCAACAAACUUGCAACGCAAGACUACAAGUUGUGCUGUGAGGAAACCUAAUCCACUAAUAUUAAAAUUAUUAUCAAAUAAUAACUCUCGCUCUAAUAAUUUUAAGACACUUAACCACUGUGGUUUACUUGGUGGUUUUUCUGAUAAUGUAAAACACUGUAAACCUCAAAACGCUUGGUAUAAAUUAUGCGCUGUAGUUGUGCAUAUUGGUAGCUGGACGGAAAGUGGACAUUAUGUUGCUUACCGCAGAGUGCAGACUGAAACUUUUAAUGUUAGUAAAAGUAAAUGGGUCUUUACAUCUGAUACUGUAGUGCGACCUGCAAGCCUCAGUGAAGUCCUAUCUUCCCCUGCAUAUAUGUUAUUCUAUGAAAGAGUGCCUUUUGUUAAUUAAUGGUAACACUUAAAUAUUUGGUGUUUUGGCUAUUUUUUUAAGCUGUGUAGCAGGGGCUUAUUCAAUAAGAUCAAAAGAGUGUUUUUUGUGCGAAAUCUUGCACAAAAUAACCUUGAUUUAUUGCACCAUACACCCACUUUUGGCGAGUAGCUUAAAAAAUGCUUAAAUAAUAGAAUUGGACCCCCUCGUUGUAAGUUUCAGGGUAUGUCUUGCUGUGUAUCAGUGUAUAUAUAACAUUACAUUAUUUCCUUUGUCAAUUCGCCAGUAAAAAAUAUUUCUUUAUUAAUUACACCUAUUUGUAUAUUAUAAAUAAAAGUUGACCCCUUGUUUUUGUGCAAUAUGUACAUUACAUGCACUAAAAUAUUAUUUAAUUAUUUUAUUUAAUAGUUUUUGUUUUAUCCAGAUGUGGUGUUGUGUGUAAAUUGAGCUUAGAACUAUUUAUUUAUUAUUAGCGUACUGUACUGCUGCUAAAAAUAUCAUCACUAGUCUGUAAAGAUUAUCCACUGACAUUGAUAAGAUUACACUUUCAAUGACCUCCUAAUAUGUUAAUAAUAAUUGAUUUUUCUGUAAAA